AUGAAAUACUCAGUCUCUUUAUUUUCCUCGGUUUUGCUCUUAUCCUCCCUUGCUUCCGCCUCAAAAGACUCCUGUAGUGAAGUCAAGAGCUCUCAAUUGGAAAACUGUGGUGGUGUUCAAGAUGAUUAUGAAUGUGUAUGUCAAUUGCCAAACAAUGUCUAUUGGAACUACUUCUUUGACUGUGUUCAAAAUGGCGGUGCUUCAGUCACUGAAGAAUAUUUAGUUGACCUUAAAUUUAGUUUGUGUGGUGACACCAGUGAUAUUGAAGACAAGGUCUUUUCAUCCGAAGAAGUAUCAUCUUCGGCCUCUGAAGAUGACACUGAUUCCUAUGGAACACUCACUCUUUCUGAUGAUGAGGUCUACGAGUCUGCUACUGUUUCGCACAAACAUUCAGUGUCCACUGGUGCUCCAAGUAAUGGUUCGUACACUGCUUCUCAUUCACACUCUAACAACGGAACAUAUGUUAAACCAACCGUUGGUGUUAUUAGUGCUAAUCUUGCUGCAGGUCAAAAGGUUGCUAUCUCUUCAUCAUUGUUGGGUUUAUUAGCUCUUUUGGUCAUUUAG